AAACAGGAUCUAUGGAGAGAAACGAAGUGUAAAGUUUUAAGAAAACCAGAAAAAUCACAGCAACAAACUAGAUUUUAGUAUAAAAAGCUAAUGAAUAUAACAGCAUACUGACAUCAGCAAAGGGACCGAACAUUCACGAUUACCUGAACAGACCUCUGGUAUGCACCUUGUGCUGUGCAGGUGCUGCAGGUCAUUUAUUUACCUCAAAAGGGACCAAUUACCUCAACAUACACUAUCAGUCCACGGGAAGAGCUACUGUGGCCACUGUUAAUCAUGGGAACCACACCAUUGAAAUAUUUUUGUGGAAUAUCUGUAUUCCUCAGUUUAUGUCUGAUCUCAUUCACGCCACCGUGCGAUGGAGGGAACAUACUAGUGUACCCAGUAGACGGAAGCCACUGGAUCAAUAUGAAAGUCCUGAUAGAAGGACUUCAUACCAGAGGACAUAACAUCACUGUGAUCAGGGCUUCUACAACCUUGUAUAUCAAAGAAAAGUCUCCCCAUUACAAAUCUAUUACAAUAAAACUUGACAAAGACAAAGAAAAUUUCUUUGACGCGUAUCUACAGGAACAUAUUAAGGCACAGACGAAGGGAGCUUCAGCAUUUACCUCCUUCAAGAUAACAAUGGGUUUCCUUUCUGUAAUGUCUCAGGCACAUUCAUUGAUGUGUGAUUACCUUCUUGAAAUCCUUGAUGACCCAACUAUGGUCACAAGCUUGAGAGAUUCUCACUUUGACCUUGUUCUUACUGAUCCAGCCAUAGCUACAGGGGUUGUACUAGCCAAGUAUCUUGAACUUCCACUGGUCUUUAAUGUUCGGUGGAUCACCAGUGGAGAUGGCCAGUUUGCCAUCGCUCCCUCACCACUAUCCUAUAUCCCAGUUCCAGGAUCAGGCUUUACAGACAAAAUGAAUUUCAUGCAAAGGGUCAAAAAUUUGUUUUUCUACAGCAUUACAUUGUUGCAGCAGAGGUUCAUGACAGGGCCACACUAUACUGCAGUCUGUGAAAAAUACAUCAAGGGUGGAUGUGACAUCAUCUCACUUCUUCAGGAAGCAGACAUUUGGUUGUUCAGGUCAGACUUUGUGUUUGACUUCCCUCGGCCCACGAUGCCAAACGUUGUCUACAUAGGAGGGUUCCAGUGCAAACCAGCCCAACCUCUGCCAGCAGAGCUGGAGGACUUUGUUCAGGGCGCUGGGGAGCACGGAGUGAUAGUCAUGACUCUGGGAACUUUGGUUAAUGCUUUGCCAAAAGAGGUCACAGAUGCGAUUGCCAGCGUUUUUGCUAAGAUUCCUCAGAAGGUGAUAUGGAGGUACAAAGGGAAACGACCCUCUACUUUAGGCAACAACACUCUGCUGGUGGACUGGAUGCCACAGAAGGACCUUCUGGGCCACCCACUGACCAAGGUCUUUGUAGCUCAUGGAGGAACCAAUGGAGUCCAGGAGGCCAUUUACUACGGUGUGCCUGUUCUCGGCAUUCCCUUGUUCUUUGACCAGUAUGACAACCUGCUGCGUUUGCAGGAGAGAGGAGCAGGAAAGAUCCUCCAGCUAAAUGAGAUUAGCCAGAGUUUUGAGCAGAGUCUGAUGGAGGUACUCCAUCAGGACAGCUACAGACAGAACAUGCAAAGACUGUCUGACUUGCACAGAGACCAGCCAGUAGCGCCCAUGGAUCAGGCCGUGUUCUGGGUGGAAUACGUGAUGCGCCACAGAGGAGCUGCACACCUGCGCACCGAGGCGUAUAAGAUGCCCUGGUACUCGUACUACUGUCUAGAUGUAGUACUACUGCUGCUGGCUGCAGUGACUCUACUGCUGCUGUCUACGGUGGCCAUGUUCAGGUUUCUGUGCUACAGAUGUUUUAGAAAGUCUAAAGCUAAACAGCAUUGAAUUCAGCUUUCUUCAAAAUCAUGCUACUGUGGGUUUUCUAAACAACGAAAAAUGAAUACAAAUCAAUUUCAAGGUGUUUUAUACUGUACCACAUUAUGCAUCUUACUGUGAAACAGGCGAGUCAAUGAAUGAAUGAAUCAAUGAAUUAACUAACCUGUUUUCCUGUUUAAAAAAUGUAAUAUACAGAGUACAAAUAAACUAAUUGAAAUAAUAACCAAA